UUUUGUGUGUGCCAGUGCCGACGAGAGGAGACAAAAGGGUUGCGGCUGAGUUAGAAAGAAAGUGAUGCCCUGACAGUGAUGGGAUCGUUUAGCAGCUACUAGUACGGCCUGCCACUCUGCAACUCUCUUUCUUUCUCAGGGUAUCCAUACUUGUACAGUUGGGAAAAGGAUUUGAUGGGUUCUAGAUUCCCAUCUCACCAGCUCAGCAAUGGCCUUUACGUGUCAGGCCGGCCGGAGCAGCCAAAAGAAAGAACACCGACAAUGACUUCUGCGCCCAUGCCUUAUACUGGCGGUGACAUUAAGAAGUCAGGAGAGCUUGGGAAAAUGUUUGAUAUCCCCGUGGAUGGCUCCAAGUCGAGGAAAUCUGGACCCAUAACAAGUGGACCUGCGAGGACUGGAUUAUAUACAGCUGCCUCAUCGCAUUCAGGACCUAUCAAUUCUGCUAGGACUAGCUACUCAACCUCAGGUCCCAUAUCAUCCUCAGGGGUGCCUGGUGCAGUUUCUACAAAGAAAUCAAAUUCUGGGCCCCUUAGCAAGCAUGGUGAGCCAAUAAAAAAGUCUUCCGGUCCUCAAUCUGGAGGAGUGACACCAACUGGCCGCCAGCACUCAGGUCCUCAAGCACCAGUUCUCCCUGCAACAGGUCUUAUUACUUCUGGUCCUAUCUCUUCUGGGCCUCUGAAUUCCUCUGGGGCCCCAAGAAAGGUGUCAGGUCCAUUGGACUCAAUGGGGUCAGCCAAGUUUCAUGGUCCUCCUGUUGUUAACAGCCAGGCUGUGACCACUCUCAGUCAAAAUGAUGUGUAUUCCUUCAAGAGGAGCUUCCCCAAGCCUAUCCUGUGGGCAAUGAUUUUGUUAUUUGUGAUGGGCUUUCUUGCCGGGGGAUUUAUUCUUGGAGCCGUGCACAAUGCUAUUCUGCUGAUCGUUGUUGUGGUUCUAUUUGGCAUUGUUGCUGCAUUGUUCGUAUGGAACUCUUGCUGGGGUGGAAGUGCUGUAAUUGGUUUUAUUACCCGUUAUCCAGAUUCUGAACUAAGAACAGCAAAAAAUGGCCAGUAUGUCAAGGUUUCUGGGGUGGUGACAUGUGGAAACGUGCCUCUUGAGUCAUCCUUCCAAAAAGUUCCUAGGUGUGUCUAUACUUCCACAAGUUUAUAUGAGUAUCGAGGAUGGGAUUCAAAAGCUGCAAAUACUACUCACCGCCGUUUUACAUGGGGCCUCAGGUCUUCAGAAAGGCAUGUGGUCGACUUUUAUAUCUCUGAUUUCCAGUCGGGGUUAAGAGCAUUGGUUAAGACUGGCUAUGGUGCAAAGGUGACUCCUUAUGUAGACGAGUCAGUAGUUGUUGAUGUGGAUCCUUUGAAUAGUGAGUUACCUCCAGAAUUUAUCAGGUGGUUGAGAGAAAGAAAUCUUUCAAGUGAUGAUCGUAUAAUGCGACUGAAGGAAGGGUAUAUAAAAGAAGGAAGCACAGUGAGCGUGAUUGGAGUGGUUCAGAGGAAUGAGAACGUGCUUAUGAUUGUCCCUCCUCCUGAUCCAUUUACAACAGGGUGCCAGUGGCUGAAAUGUAUAUUUCCUGCUAGCCUUGAGGGCAUUGUGUUAAGAUGUGAAGACGCGUCAAAAGUUGAUGCUAUACCAGUAUGAUAGGUUAUGUUCAACAUACUAAGACGGUAUGUGUGAUGUUAGGUUAAAGAUGUUUAUUGUGGAGAGGUUUCUGGAAAUAGUUUGUGUUUUAUUUCCUGUAUAGUUACUAGGUGUUGUUUAAACUUUUAUAUGGUAUGUUGUAAUGGAGGAAUGGUAAAUGCUGUAGCAAUGGAAAAUCUGAAUGUUUGAGCAGUA